GUGCCUUAUUGUGGAGGGAUUCCUCUUCCGGAAACCACAGCUCUAUGCUGUUGCAGACGAGAAAGAGAAGGUUGAUAGGUCACUUGGAUUAACUGUGGCUCUUGCUGUAAAUAUCAAUCUGCCCGUGAAUAAAUAGUAUCCUGUCCAUCGACAUGUCGGCUAGGAACCCAGGGACAACGCUUGACCUGGAGCGGAUAUCCAAAGUGAGGGUUAACACAAAUGCUGUCCUGAAGAGAGCCCAGUAUGUUCAAGCACUGAAGAUCCCCAAGAAACAGUGGCAGGCUGCAUGGCUGCUGAAGGCCGUCACUUGCAUCGACCUGACAACUCUCGCUGGAGACGACACGGCAUCCAACGUCCACCGGCUGUGCCUGAAAGCCAUUCAGCCGGUCCGACAAGACCUGCUUCGGGCGGUGGACAUGCACGACAAAGCCUGCAGAGGGUGCCGCAAACCAGUUCAUCAUUGGCACUGUGUUGUGUGUCAUGUGUCAGGAAUCACUACGGCAGCAGUGUGUGUGUAUCCAUCCCGUGUGGCCAAUGCCGUCAAAUCACUUAGAGCGGCCAACUCCAGCCUUCCCGUUGCCUCAGUGGCCACUGGUUUUCCAGCCGGCCAGACACCUCUGGAGACCCGCCUUCAGGAAGUCCGCAUAGCGGUCGCUGACGGCGCCACGGAGAUUGACAUUGUCAUCAACAGGAUGCUCGCCCUCACCGGACAGUGGGAAGCUAUGUAUGAGGAGAUCCGUCAGUUUCGAGCGGCCUGUGGUGAUGCCCACAUGAAGACCAUCCUGGCUAUUGGAGAGCUGGGCACAUUCACUAAUGUCUACAAGGCCAGCCUGGUGGCUAUGAUGGCUGGCUCCGACUUCAUUAAGACGUCGACAGGAAAGGAGUCUGUCAACGCCACUUACCCAGUCGCCAUAGUGAUGACGAGGGCCAUCCGUGACUACUUCCUGAGUUCAGGCCACAAGGUGGGCUUUAAGCCAGCAGGGGGGAUCCGGACGGCUCAGGAGUCCCUGGUGUGGCUCGCUCUGAUCAAAGAGGAACUGGGUAAAGACUGGCUAUGUCCGACCCUGUUCCGCCUGGGAGCCAGCAGCCUGUUGGCUGACAUCGAGAGGCAGAUCUACCAUCAUGUGACUGGACAGUACGCUGCCUACCAUGAGCUGCCAAUGGCCUGAAUCGGUGGACAACCUGUUCUAAUGAGCAAUCAGAACCUCAGACUCGCCUGUCAGUGUGCAUCCAGGCAGCGUUGAGUUAAUCUGCGAGGCACUUAUGAUCGGGGCUUUAACCAAUUUCUGUGACACAAACUGCUGUUAUUGCUCUAUGUAAUGUGCAAAUGUAGUUAUGAGAUGACUAACAGGUGAUAAUGAAUGUUUGUUUGGCGGUUAUGCUGAAGGAUGUGACUAAUUAAACUUAAUGGAAUUCAAGUGAUGAAGGAAAGAGUUCCGAAAACAAUAAUCAAUCAUCCCUCAGGCCGUGAAAGUCUUAAUUUAAACUGCUGAUCUUUUACAAAAUAAAGUGUAUAUCUGGAAAUAUU